AUGUCUGCCGCUAAGAGUUUGCUGUCUCUGAUGGUGCUGCUGGUGGCCGCAGUGAGCGUGGUUCGUGCCCAGGAGAGGAUCAGGAUGUGCGGGAGAGAGCUGAUACGUCUGGCCGUCUCAUCCUGCGGUAACUCUCGGCUGAGGAGGAGCAUCCCGGAUGCACAGCUUGGACAGCAUCAAUACACUUCUCUCUGGGAGCAGGACACUUCCACGGAGGCGCACCAGGCCACAGAGGCGAUCCAUGGCGCUCCAGAGUCCGACGGGGAGAAGGAUGUCUUCUCGGCUCCUCUCUGGUACCCCUUGUCCUCUCGGAUUAGACGGGCUGUUGGGAAAAUAUCUGAUAUUUGCUGCGAGAAAGGCUGCAGCAUGAAAGAGUUGAUCCAGUUUUGCUAG